AACUUUUGUCUGCCGGUUGCAUUUCAAUGGAACCAUUAAAAAUCAAACAUGGAGGACGUUGACUAGAAAGUGUACGUGUAUCAAUGCAUCUCUUCGUAAUUUGAUCAAUAUAUGUAGUCACAUUUAAACGCGCAGGAAUUAUUGGCGUAGUAUUUCAGCAAGUCAUUGGCUCACACAUCAAACAAAAGAUGUUCUGCAGGAGGCUAUGGCUAAAGCCAGGGACUGGAUUUUGGACUGCAUCCCAGCAGGGUGCCCACAAUCUGGCUUCUUUCCAUCAAGCCUCCCUGCUCCCCCAGAGGAAGCUCCGGGGCCUGCUGUUUCCCUUCAGUGAGCUGGAGCCCCACUUGGCUUGUUCAGUGGAUAGGGGCCACUUCCAGCUCUUCCAGCCCAGUGUGGAGGACAUAACCAAGGCAGAGAAACUCUUCUCCCCGUCCUCCUCACACAAGAUUGAUUACCACACCUCCGCCGUGAGGAUGGAACACGCGCCCUCACAGAACCAGCCAGAGGUGUGUUUCAUCGGCAGGAGUAAUGUGGGGAAGUCGUCUCUCAUCAGAGCUCUGUUCUCCCUGGCUCCUGACGUAGAAAUUAGAGUCUCCAAAACACCCGGCCAUACCAAGAAGAUGAAUUUUUUCAAAGUGGGCAAAGCUUUCACCAUGGUGGACAUGCCUGGUUAUGGAUACAGGGCUCCCAAGGACUUUGUGGAGAUGGUGGAGCACUAUCUGGGUUCAAGAAAAAAUCUGGUAAGGACCUUCCUAUUGGUGGAUGGCAGUGUUGGGCUGCAGGAGGCAGAUAUGAUCGCCCUGGAGAUGUGUGAAGAGUUCAGUCGGCCUUACGUGAUUGUGGUGACCAAGAUCGAUAAGUGCCGCCAGGGGGUGCUGUUGACUAACCUUCUGCAACUUCAGGACGCCAUAACACAAACUGUUAGAUGCUUCCCACAGCCCUUCCUGGUCAGUUCUCUCCAUUUUUCGGGGAUAUACCUGCUCCGUUGUUUCAUUGCCCAUGUGACCGGGAGCAUUCAGCUGGGAGACACUUGUCGAAGCUGAUCUGAGACCACUGCACACUCUGGAGCACAGCUGAUAACUUGUUUGGAAUCAGCUCAUACUUCCUCAAUCUAUGAACACUCGCACCACUGAUACAGUAGCAUAUUGUGGACAGAUUUUAAAACUGACCUGAGAUCAGUUGCUAUACUUGGUUCGUGUGCUGCUACAGUGUUUCUUUUCUAACCCCUAAACCAUUAUAACAAAGCAGACAGCUGAUCUAAGAUCUGAUUCACUCUCUGGAAGUGCUUUCUUAUGGACACGGUACUGUGUGACUCUACGGGAACUUUCACCUUGGGAACAGAGACAAACUAAAAGCUGACCUGAAGACAGUUUCCCAAUAGAGCCGCUUCAUCUUUAGUGUUUGUGUACAUUGUUUACUAUAGUCAGACUGCUAUUUCUGUAUAUACCGUGCAUUCGGAAAGUUUUCAGACCGCUUGACUUUUUCCACAUUUUGUUACGUUAGAAUAAGUCUAUCGAUUCAGUUUGUUUUACCUCAAUCUACACACAAGACCCCAUAAUGACAAAGCAAAAACAGGAUUUUAGAAAUGUUUGCAAAUUUAUUACAAAUUUUAAAAAAUUUAACUAUCACAUUUACUUAGGUUUUCAGACCCUUAACUCAGUACUUUGUUGAAGCCCCUUUGGCAGCGAUUACAGCCUCGAUUCUUUUUGGGUAUGACGCUACAAGUUUGGCACACCUGUAUUUCUGGAGCUCUGUCAGACUGACCAUCGGGUUCUUGGUAACCUCCCUGACCAAGGCACUUCUCCCCCAAUUGCUCAGUUUUGCUGGGUGGCCAGCUCAGGGGAGAGUCUUGGUGGUUCCAAACUUCUACCAUUUAAGAAUAAUGGAGGCCACUUUGUUCAGAAAUUGUUUGGUAAUUUUCUCCAGAUCUGUGCCGACACAAUCCUGUUUCAGAGCUCUACUGACAAUUUCUUUGACCAUGGCUUGGUUUUUGCUCUGUCAACUGUGGGACCUUACACACAGGUGUGUGCCUUUCCAAAUCAUGUCCAAUUGAAUUGAGCACAGGUGGACUCCAAUCAAGUUGUAGAAACAUCUCAAGGAUGCUCAGUGGAAACAGGAUGCACCUGAGCUCAAUUUUGAGUAUAAUAGCAAAGGGUCUAAUUAGUGGAAAUAAGGUAUUUCUGUUUGUCAUUGUUUGCAAAUAUUUCUACACUUUUUUUUUUCGCACUUUGUCAUUCUGUGUAGAUUGAUGAAAUGUUUUUAUUUAAUUGAUUUUAGAAUAAGGUGUAACAAAAAUGUGGAAAAGGGAAGGGGUCUGAAUACUUUCUGAAUGCACUGUAUGGUGAUGGGAAUAUGGAUUGUUUUAAUUUUGUAAUAAAAACUAUAAAAGGAAA